AUGGAGCAUCAAAACACCAACUGCUUACUUCAUGAGGGACUUGAUGAGGAUAAGGAAAAGUUGAAUGAUGUGAAGGCACAGAUGAUCUUACGGGAUGGAGAGGGUAGAAAUGAGGGAGAGAGUGAACAGGGCCAGCCUGGGGCAGGAGCAGGAGCAGCAGCAGCGGAAGGCAAAGGAGCAGAAGAAUUAAGUGGAGAAGGUGGGUCUGCUGCUGGCGCUGCAGGCCUCAUGGAUAACAGGAACCAAGAAGGCCAUGGUGCCAGUGGCUGUGGCCGAGAGAAUGAAAAGCAGCCAGAGGAGCCAGUCCCCAAGGACAUGGAGGUCAUAGAGAAUGUGCAGCCUAUUCCGGUGCUGAUAUCUGGUGUGCAGCCUGUGUCAGUGCUGAUAUCUGGUGUGCAGCCUGUGUCCGUGCUGGUACGCCAGCGUAGCUUCCACUACAAGUUCAACCGGUGGCAGUUGCAGGAGCUGGAGCGAAUUUUCCAGCAGAAUCACUUCAUCAGUGCAGAAGAAAGAAAACAUCUGGCAAGAUGGAUAGGUGUGAGUGAAGCCAGAGUUCAGAAUUGGUUUAAGGGAAGACGAGAACAAUAUAGGAGACAGCAGAAGCUAGAAGUGCUCGGAGGUGCCUCUUUUCUGGAGUACUAUGCAGGAGUCCUAGAGAACCACCCUUGCACAGGAGCCAGAUACCUAUAA